GGAAUCAAUCAAAACCCAUGAAGCCAAGCUAAAAAUACUUUGCUUUAAACAUUUACAGAUAGAAUUAGAAAGCAAAUAGAUUCGAAAUAAAGGAAAUCAUAUAUUUCAUCUCUCUUUGUUUCUAGUUUCACAAAACCACUCAAAUAUGGUGGGUAUUUUCUCCAGAUUUUCCGGCGCCGGCCACCGUCGAUCCCAAACUGUAAUCGGGAGAAUUGAAGAAGAAGGAAGACAGAGUUCUUUAGGAACUAUAGCUGAAAUUGUAACACCUGCAUCUAGCACUUCUGCUUUAAUGGCGGUUCAUGGGAUUGAAGUUUCAGUUGAGUUUAAGCCACUUGAACAUCCAAUUGAACCUAUUAAUAAUGAUGCACCAAUUCAAUGCCCUUUGCUCGAGCCUUGUAUUCUUAAUGACGUAAGAAUAUGGAAACAACGAAUAGCUGGUGGAGCUGGACGAAGAUCGGGUCUUGAAAGAGUUCAAACCGAGCCUAAGAUUCCUGAAACGGAAUUGAGGCGACGAGUUCAAAGAGGACGUGGGGGCGGGAUUCUACCUUCUAUUAGCGCACCCGAGAGUAGCAUAACUAAAUUGCUUGAUGAAUGUAAUGCUUCCGAAAUGUAAUUAUAAGAUAAUAUGAAGAAACUUAUACAUAUGAAAUGUAACCUUAAAAGUAUUGAUUGAUUC